CUCAAGACCAGUCAAAAAUAAUUGGACUUAUAAAGGUGGCCAACACUGGCUCUACUAGAUCGUCAAAUAUCCUAUGGUUGACCAGUAUUUGGAAACCUACAGAAUUGGGCAUCUUGAGGAUGGCCAGAAUCUUCAAA